GGAACACUUAAAAAUCUAUUUUUCCUGCGCAGUGGCAAAACUUUCGAUCGAUCAGUGCGAUCAUCGACGAGGGCGAGGGAUGAGAAAGAAGGCGCUGUGAGAGAGCUCGAAAGAGAAUCCAAGGUAGGAUGUGGCGCUGGAGAAGCGGGGGUGUUGCGCAGCCACGGCGCGGUCGUGAAUGCUGUCUGGGAGCCUAGAUCUUGCUCUCGUCGGCGCUCCGGGAGCUGGGAGAAGCAUCCGCUACUGGAAUUUAGCUCGAGGAUCCCGGGGUUUAGGUUUUUCGACCCUAGGAGCUGCGAUUAUGGUGCCACUGGAGUCGGAUUCCAAUGGAUGGGAAUGAGCUGGGGUUUCAUCCGCAGCUAAGAGCUGCAAGCAAGGAAGAGCUACUGGAAGAGGGCUAGAAGGGAUUGUUUGCUAGAGUCUCCUCCACAGCGCACCAAUGGGGUGUAUCUGCGCAAAGUCGUCCUCCACCUCGAGAUCGCAGGAGAGUCCCAAGGCCAAAUCCUACUCGCGGCCACAGCUGCGGCAUUUCAAUGGAUCUGCGAGGAUCGAGACGCUCGAGGGGCUCAACGGGAUCGUGGAAAAGGACAGGGAGAGAUCCAAAGCCAGGACGAGACAAAAUGGUCGCGAGGAUAGCAUGGACAAGCGCCGGGCGAGGCUCCAUGCACAGGAUCCAAAUCCUCGUCAAAGCGUCAUCCCCAAGCAGGCCGAGGGCGAGCAAGUUGCCGCGGGGUGGCCCGGUUGGCUCUCCGCCGUGGCUGGGGAGGCGAUCAAAGGCUGGAUUCCUCGACGCGCUGAUUCUUUCGAAAAGCUUGACAAGAUUGGACAAGGAACUUACAGUAACGUAUACAAGGCUCGUGAUCUCGACUCUGGAAAGGUCGUGGCACUCAAAAAGGUCCGCUUUGACAGCCUCGAGCCCGAGAGCGUCAAGUUCAUGGCCCGGGAAAUCCAGAUACUGAGGAGGCUCGACCAUCCAAACGUGGUGAAGCUGGAAGGCCUGGUUACCUCCCGCAUGUCGUCCAGCCUCUACCUUGUGUUCGAGUACAUGGAGCACGAUCUUGCCGGGCUCGCAGCUUGUCCGGGCAUCAUGUUCACAGAACCACAGGUUUGCAAAAGCUACCCUCUCUUUUUUUUUCCUUCAGUUACAUGUUUUUUGCGAUUUCAGGUUAAAUGCUACUUACAACAAUUAAUACGAGGACUCGAUCAUUGCCAUACCAGAGGCGUGCUGCAUCGCGACAUCAAAGGGUCCAACCUCUUGAUAGAUAACAGCGGGAUUCUUAAGAUUGCCGACUUUGGAUUGGCGACGUUUUAUCACCCCUACCAGAACCUUGCUUUAACUAGCCGGGUUGUGACGCUCUGGUACAGGCCGCCGGAGCUACUACUCGGUGCUACAGAAUACAGUGUUGGGGUGGAUCUCUGGAGCACUGGCUGUAUACUAGCUGAAUUACUGGCUGGCAAGCCCAUCAUGCCUGGGCGAACGGAAGUGGAGCAAUUACACAAGAUUUUUAAGCUAUGUGGCUCGCCAUCGGAAGAGUAUUGGAAAAAAUCCAAACUUCCUCACGCUACGAUUUUUAAGCCGCAGCAGCCUUACAAACGCUGCAUCGCUGAUACUUACAAAGACUUCCCUUCGACCGCACUGGCCCUUCUCGAUAUUCUUCUUGCGAUUGAGCCGGCUGAUAGAGGAACUGCAGCUGGAGCACUGAAAGCAGAUUUUUUUAACACUAAGCCGUUUCCAUGCGAUCCAUCUGUUCUACCAAAAUAUCCUCCGAGCAAGGAAUUUGACGCCAAGAUGAGAGAUGAAGAGUCCAGGAGACAGAGAGCAGCCAAGCAUGGUGUUGCAGAAGGCCGGAGGCAUGGCUCCAGGGAACGUAGCAGGGCCGUGCCUGCGCCCGACGCCAAUGCAGAGCUUCACGCUUCCGUACAGAAACGGCGUUUGUCUUCUCAUUCCUCGAAGAGCAAGAGCGAAAAGUUUACGUAUCUUUCCGAAAAGUCAGCAUCUGGAUUUCCCAUGGAGCCUCCAGCUCCGCGAUACGGGCAGCAACCCACGGAUGUCCGGGGCACGUCACCGGUUCCACCACGCCAGUUUGUGCCUCCAGCAUCAUCGCGCUCUGGCCCAAUUGGGAACCCGACAGCAGCGACUGCCAACUGGUCCCGGAAGCAACGAGACGAGGACGUGAGAAUGGCCCCGCAACGGUCGACGAGCAGGGCAAUGCGAUCAUCCACCGGACAAGUGGAAGUUGACAGGAUCACAAGCAGCUCGUCACGGCACGGGUCUUUUGCCGAGCAAGGCCAAGGGAAGGAUGGCGACUUCUCCAAGCACAACUUGCGGAGCGUGCUCAAGGCCGCCGACAGGAAACACGAGCUCGACUCCCGGCGCUCGGACGUGUUCCGUGGGCCCCCAAAUCUUCCCGAGGCCCCGGCCAAGGACGGAGCGUUUGGAGCGAGAGAUUCUCAGCCGACUCCAGCGGGCUAUGAUCCUCAGGAGCGCAUGUAUCACUCUGGCCCGCUGCUUCGUCCCGGCUUCUCUGCCCCAGUAGACAUCGAAGAGCUACUUGAAGAGCACCAGAGAAAGCUCAAGGAGGCGGUGCGGCGGCACGACAUGAAUCAAGCAUCGGCCGAGAAGAGCAACCUCGAAGGGAGUUGAUUCCAGCAGGAGGUCGGCCACCACCAGUGUUGUAUUCUGUGUAAGAGUCACGAGGCGGGCGUCUUGCGCUUCGUGCCGCUGCUAGCAAAGCUUGAGCUGUAAUUUUUUUCCCCUUGCGUCAGGAGAUGGAAAAGACAAAGUACACAAAAGUCUUGACUUACCCGCAAGUUGAGCACUCUCUAUGUUGCUUGCAGAAGAUUGAUAAUCGUGCAUUUGUGGCAGAAGCGGCUGCAAAGAAUGUUUGUUAUAAGUUGAGAUUGAAGUUUUAUUUCUCUUCUACU